AUGGCUAUCCUUUCCUUCUUUGCAAAGUCGCUUCCAAAGCUAAGCUUUCUACUCGUGGUUUUAACAGCCAGCUUAGGGGUUCAUGCUGGUAUGAAGGAUGGAGAAAUUGCCUGCGACCAACAAGAAGAAGUCUCUGCAUUAGCAAUGCAACUAGCCAUCGACAGUCUGAACGAAGACCCCGAAAAAGUCAUCUGCGCCUUCAACGAUGGGAGCAAGAAAAAGAACUUCCCCGUUCACUACGAUCUCGACAGACAAGACAUCGCAAUGCCCCAGGAUGACUUGCGUACUCCAAACCAGGGUUGGACGCGUGCAGGCGAAUGCCAUCAGCCCGGUGGCAUUCACGCUGGGAUCUGGCUACAGACCUAUCGAUGGGGCGCGCCGCAUUUCUGUAUGAAGCAAGCCGAGAUCGCACAAAAUGCUCAGGCCAUUCAUGACAAGUGUAUUAGAAAAAGAGAUGAUGGGGUUGAGGUAGUGAGAGGAACGAAGCAGAGCCAGUACGAAUUCUGGAUUGAGAUUGGUGAGAGUAAUAACUGUGAUGAUUUCGGGUCUUAA